AUGCCGUUUGUUGAGGUUUCUCUGUCCAGUGGUUCUCCAUAUGAGAUUUACUACCGUACUUUCCCGGAAGCAAGCACCGAAGAUUUGAGAAAUCGCCCUCGGGUGAUACUGUUGAUGGGCCUCGGUGGCACACAUUCGCUGUGGAAGCCGCAGAUUGCACAUCUCCAAAACUUUUGUCACGUCUGUGCAAUGGAUAAUCGUGGUGCAGGCUAUUCAGGCAAGCCGAAAGGGCAGCGAUGGACCACAGAACGAAUGGCAAAAGAUGCAGUAGCAGUGCUGGAUCACUUAGGGUGGCAAGAUCACAUUCACAUCAUCGGCAUCAGCAUGGGUGGAAUGAUUGCACAAGAGCUUGCAAUUGCCGUUCCGAAGCGGGUUGCUUCUGUUGCGUUGCUUGCAACUUAUGCCUCAGUGCUGUGGGCUGCCCCGACCACAAGUGCAUUGGUUGAUUUUGCGCGUUCGACUGGGUGGCUCACCAGAGAUCUGAAAGAAAUGGGCAAAGCUUCAAUGCGGCUCAACUUUCCAGAUGCAUGGCUCGGCCAGACACGUGCAUCUGAACUUCAUGACGGUAAGAUCGUUGAGAACCAACGCUGGAUGAACAAGGCCUUUAUCCUGAUGAGUUUGGAUGUGCCCCCCGAGCUGAAAGCCCAGGGCAAGGGGCCACCGGGUCGUGUCCACCCCAAGUCUAUGUUGAAGCAAGCACUUGCUGUUCUGACGCAUCACGUAAGUAAGGCACGCUGCCAGCAGCUGCGAGACCUUGGUGUGCCUGUGCUUGUUCUCACAGGUUCGGACGAUUGCCUGGUCCGCCCGUACAACUCUGUUAUCAUAGCCGAUCACUUCGAGACAAAAGUGCAUACCCUGAAGAAUGCGGGGCACGGUCUGAUAUUCCAAGAAGCUGAUGCCGUUAAUAGCUUGCUUGAGAGAAACAUUCAAGCCGGCGAAACCUACGCCAGGCAUCCUCAAUCGAAGCUUUGA